AUGGAAGAAGAAGAACAUGUUCAAAUAAUGAAAAACUCAAUUUAUGAUGACGUGGAAUCUGAAUCCCAAUCCCAAUCCGAAGAAGAAGAAGCACUUUCUCUAUGUGAUCUUCCGAUUAACGAAGAUUCAGAAAGCUUGGACGACAAGUCGUUUAAGAGAAAUAGUAAUAUUCGACGACCAAUGUCGUUACCGGAAUCGACGAUUUCUUCAGCGGUUUCAGUAGUAGUGGUAGCUCCGAUAUGUGUCCCGCAGACGACAUCAUUUUCUGCGGCAAGCUCGUGCCGUUUAAAGAGUUAG